UUCAAAAAUAAUCCCAGCCGAAGAACGGAAAAAAAGCCAUGAAAGUAGGAGAGGAAAAGGAGAAGAAGAAGAAGAAAAAGAGGAAGAGAAAAACAAAAAGAUGAUACAGAUUGUUUGGCAAACUCCAGCUCAUCCUGCUCAUGAAGACGAUUAUAUUUUUCACAACGGGAAGCGCCAAGUAAGACCGUACUACUUCGAGUGCGUAUCUCAUGUUAAUAAGCGAUGGGAGGGAAAAACAAUCGUGGAUUUGUUCACUCAAGAAUUUAGAGGGCGACCUAAUGAUUACUAUGUUAGUGCUGUCAAAUGUGGACGUAUACAAGUUGACGGAGAGAAUAUACCUGUUUCAUGCAUAGUUGAUCGAUGUCAGAAGAUAAGCCACUUUGUACACAGCAAAGGUUGUAGGCAUGAACCACCAGUGGGCUUGGGAUGUUGCAAUUCUUCAAGAUGA